CUGAUACUAAAUACAUCGUCGAAAAAUCGACCUCCGAGAUCAAUGACGAAAAUUUGGUCAAAACACUUAAAAGUUUCAAUAUCCAAGAGUUCGGUCCUGUGAAAAAAUACAUUCCAAACGCGAAAGCACCAAUUCAAACAAACGAGGAUGUCAGAAAAAGAUGGACAAAACAGGAAGAAGAAAUUUUAAUGAAAGCCUUAAAUGAACACGGUAGAAAUUGUAGAUUGAUUUACGAUUUAUAUUUUAAAGAUGAAUCAGUGACUUACGAGAAGAUAAAAACAAAAAUAAGAAGCUUAGAAAGUGAAAAGGCAAAACCUGAUAAUAAAUAUAAUGCUUGGACUCCUGAAGAAGAUGAAACUUUGAAGAAGGCAGUUGAAAAAUAUGGUAUCGGAAAUUGGCGACAAAUGGCAGACAUGUUACCCGGAAAGGAUUUCGUGCAAUUUCCCGUAAGGUGGGAUUUUUUGACAAAAAAUAGAAAUAAUAUAAAGUGGACUCCUGAAGAGGACAAAUUACUAUUCGAAUAUGUCGAAAAAUGGGGGACGGACUUUAGAUUAAUUGCAGAAGUGUUAAAAAGGUCUCAAAAAUAUGUUGCUAAACGUUACAGAAUAAAAAAGAGCAGAAAAUGGACUAUAGAUGAGUUAGACAAAUUAAGAGAAAUACUUAACAAGCUUGGAAAAGACUGGGAGAAAAUAGCCGAAUAUUUUCCUGAUAGGAACAUUGUUGAAAUCAAAAAAUGCGUUUUCGAUAAUGUUGCCGUAGAUCCUUUUGUCAGAAAAAAAUCGUGGAGUAAAAAAGAAGUAUCAUUACUGAAGGAGGGUAUUGAAAAAUUUGGAACUGGAAAUUGGGUUGAUAUAAGUAAAUAUGUCGGUACUAGAACACGUUGUCAGU